UUCGGAAAACUUUUACGAAAAAAUAACAGAAAAGAGAGAGUAAGUGACUAGGAUAAGGAUUCGGAAUCCCUGUCCUGAACCUCUCUAUGGGUUGCCAAUAAAAAACCGAAUCUCUACUCCUAAGUAAUUCUGUUUUUUGUGAUAACAAACAACAGUGUGACCUGGUCAGGUUGGACGUUGGUGAAUCUUAAAACGAGGAAGAAGAUAUGAGAGUUUGAGUGGUGUAAAAAAUAAGUACAAGGCACUGCCUUCUCUUUGACCAUUGCUAUCAUUAAAUUGGUAUGGGACCCCAACCUGAACAUGAAGGAAAGCCUGCGUCAUCGUCUUCUUCUCAGCCUCAACCUUCUUUGGAGCCAGCGGUGGACGCCAACUCCACCUCAACUUCAUGGUUUACGCCAAAGAGGUUGUUGGCUAUAUUUUGUGUGAUUAACUUGUUAAACUAUUUGGAUCGAGGAGCAAUAGCAAGCAAUGGUGUUAAUGGAAGUCAAGGAACUUGUAAAGAUGGGAUCUGCAAAGCUGGAACCGGAAUACAGGGGGACUUUAAAUUGAACAAUUUUGAGGAUGGAGUUCUAUCCUCCGCUUUUAUGGUUGGACUUCUUGUUGCUUCUCCAAUAUUUGCUUCUCUAGCAAAGAGUGUAAACCCAUUUAGACUUAUUGGAGUUGGAUUAUCUGUUUGGACUCUUGCAACCUUCUGUUGUGGUUUCUCUUUCAAUUUCUGGUCCAUUUCAGUAAGCCGCAUGUUAGUUGGUGUUGGUGAGGCUUCAUUUAUAAGUCUUGCAGCACCUUUCAUUGAUGACAAUGCCCCAGUUUCACAGAAAACAGUGUGGCUCGGUACAUUUUACAUGUGUAUACCAGCAGGAUAUGCAGUUGGCUAUAUCUAUGGUGGUUUGGUUGGAAGUCAUUUUAGUUGGCGAUGGGCAUUUUGGGUGGAAGCUGUAUUAAUGUUUCCGUUUGCUAUUUUUGGAUUUUUUAUGAAGCCUUUGCAGUUGAAAGGUUUUGCCCCUGCGGAUUCAGAAAAGAAACUGAAACUUGAGACAGCUGUGUCAGAAACUCAAGAUGUGAAUGCUUCAAAUGGAAAAGAUGAAACGUUGUCCUUGAAGGCAGAGUUCGGAGACAAAAGCGCACAUGAACCUUCCAGGUCAAAAUAUGAAACCACAAUAUUGUGUCAGUUCUCAAGAUUUCUGCAAGACAUGAAAGAACUGCUUCUUGACAAGGUUUUUGUCGUCAAUGUUCUAGGGUACAUAGUAUACAACUUUGUAAUAGGUGCUUACUCGUAUUGGGGCCCCAAAGCUGGUUAUAGUAUAUAUAACAUGGCUAAUGCAGAUAUGAUGUUUGGAGGAAUUACAGUUGUAUGUGGAAUAUUGGGCAGCUUAGGAGGAGGCUUUCUUCUUGAUUUCGUGAAUAGCACAAUAUCAAACGCAUUUAAGCUUCUAUCAUUAGCAACUCUUGCUGGUGGAGCAUGUUGUUUUGGAGCCUUCUUACUUAGAAGCGAGUAUGGCUUCCUGGCUCUUUUUGCUGUUGGUGAACUACUUGUUUUUGCCACUCAGGCGCCUGUGAAUUAUGUGUGUCUCCAUUGUGUUAAACCAAGUUUGAGGCCACUGUCUAUGGCUAUGUCUACCGUUGCUAUUCAUAUCUUUGGAGAUGUACCUUCCUCACCUCUUGUUGGAGUUGUCCAGGACAAAAUUAAUAACUGGAGGACGACUGCGUUGAUUCUUACAAGUAUAUUUUUUCCAGCAGCUGCAAUAUGGUUUAUAGGAAUAUUUUUGCACAGUGUAGAUAGAUAUAAUGAAGAUAGUGAGCAUGAAGGAUCAAGCGUGGAAAGGACUAACACAGCACCAUUGGUCGAAGAGAACACUGCUAAAACACCAAUAUCUGGUCAAACCCAAGAAUGCUGAUUUCUUUAUUUUCAGUUCGCCUAGAAUUUUUUCACACAGCACAUUGAAAUGUUAAUAGGUUAUUUUCUCUAUUGUUUUCUCGAAAUUUUGCUUUAUUAUUUUUUUAGUGUAAAUAACUUUUUGCUUUGGGUGAAAUUAAUUGCUAGAGUCUACUUUGGUAGCUUUUCUUUUACCCUCUUUUCUGGUAAAGAUUAUUUAGAACUGUGUUGGUUAACUUGUGUUUCACUAUCUUGGGCAUAACCUUGUAAAUAUAUAUGAUCAAUUUGUCCAAAA